CAAAUUUUCGUGUGUGCUAACGUGAUCGCGCAACAGCAGGAAAGUUUUAGCUGAGAACAUCUGAAAAAAUAAAUUUCAAUAAUUCAGUUGAAAAUUAAGAAAAAUUUUUUCACCUUUUACACAACAAGAAAAGUAAAACAAAAAAGAUAAAAAAAAAUAUAAGAAAAGAAGUAAAAGAAAAAAAAGAAGAAAAUAAAGUUUUGUGUGUUUUUCUUUCUCCGAGACAAGAGAAAAUAAAAGAAAUUUUAAAGACGAUGAGGAGCCAGUUGAAGCUGGUAUUUCUCCUCAUUGGGGUUGUGGCUUGCGUGGUACACGCUACCACAGAACCAAAUUUGAAGGACAAUGAAAUCUUAAAAGACGAUAUAAAGCCAACAAAACGUGAAUCAAAGCUUCUCGCAGCACAGGACCCACGCCUCAAUAAAAUGAUUCAAUUACCCAAAGACAAUCAAUUGGAUGGAACAACCAGCACAAAGGGAGAGAAGAAAAUUUCAAAAUCAUCAACUGAGAAGGCAUCUGUCAAGGAUGAUGCGUUGACAUUUAAGAAUGAUAAGUUGGAGGGCGAUUUGAUUAAAGACAUUUCACAUGCCGACAUUGGAAAAGACGAUAUUGAUAAUGUCGAUGCCACUUAUGAUGAUUAUUAUGAUGAUGAGGGCGAGUUCUCAGAUGAGGAUGAUGACGAUGACGAUCCAAGUACUGGAAAUGAUACAAAUACGAUCAGUAAUAACAACACUAAUAGUACGAAUAAUAAUGAGACAAAACCAGUUACUAACAAGACUGCUGACAAAAAGACAGAUGAUGACGAGUUGAUCGACGAUGAGUACAACGACAAUGAAGGAGAAGAAGACUCAGAUGACGAGCUAGAAGAAGACGAUUUAAAUAUCGAUGCAAAUAAAAUUGAAAUGAAACAGUGUCCACGUGAUUGUAUAUGCGAGAGAAACAUGCACGCAUAUUUUGUUGCCACAUGCAGUCGUCUCGACUUGGAGACUCAAUCAUUUGCCAAUCUACCGAUUACUGAUCUUCAAGUUAUUGAUAUUGGACCACAAUUUCCAAUUGUACUUGGCGUUGAAUUCUUUAAGAAAAUUGGCUUGGAAAAUGUCACUUCCAUUAAGAUUGCAAACAGCUCAAUUGAAUACAUUAGUCCAAGUGCCUUCAAUGGACUCAAUGAAUUAUAUUCAAUCAACUUGACGAGCAUUGGAAUUGAUUUAAUUCAUCCAGACACUUUUGCUAACAACACCAAAUUAAAGAUAUUGACACUUUCGGGAAAUAAUUUGAAUGUAAUGCAAAGUCUCUCAUCUCCAUACACUGAUUAUAUGCUCAAAUCACCAUCAAUUGAGGAACUUGACAUUUCAAAUUGCAAUAUGCAAGCUUUCUUGCCAACAGCAUUCAGUCAAAUGAAAAAUAUCAUUUAUAUUAAUUUGGCCGGAAAUAAAUUGGAAACUUUGCCAGAAGGACUCUUUGACAGAACAGAAACUAUUGAGGAAUUGGACUUGUCAUAUAACAAGAUUGUCACUUUACCAAAGAACAUCUUUAAUAAGACAUCUCUCGGAAUUUUGCAUUUGAAAUACAAUGAAAUUGUCACAAACUUAGAAUUCAUCACUAAGGAUGUCCAAAAACUUGACAUUAGCUACAACAGAAUCACAACAAUCAACAAUCAAAUGUUCAAAAAUAUGGAAAAUCUAAGCUUCCUCUCAUUGAAAGGCAACAAGAUUAAGAGAAUCAAUCCAGCUGCAUUUGUACCACUCAAGAACCUUCGUCAUGUUGACUUGUCAUUCAAUGAUCUCGACUCACUCAGUAGCUUAACAUUCUUGAAGAACUCUGACUUAGAAGUCAUCCGUAUCAAUGACAAUAUUAGACUCAAGACACUUCCAGCUGAUGGAUUUGAAACAAAUGCCAAAUCCUUCCAUGUCUUCUUAUUCGACGCAUCUAACUGUGAUCUUUCAAAUCUUGGCGAAAAUACAUUCAAGACAAUGCCAUUCAUCACACGAUUGUCAUUGAGCGGAAAUAACAUUGAAAAUAUCCCAAAGAACUUGUUCAGUCCAUUGCUUCGCUUGAUGGACCUUGACUUGAGCAACAACUUGAUUGCCAACUUGAACCAACAAAUCUUCUGGAACAACCAGGAUCUCCAAAUGCUUAAUCUCGCAGCAAAUCCAUUGGAAUCACUCUCACCAAAGAUCUUCCAAGCAACACCAUAUUUGCAGAAAUUGGACGUCAGUGAUUGUGAUUUAGUCACAUUAUGGCAUGACUCUUCAAUGAGCAUUCGUGUAGGCGAACUUUUGAAGAACUUGAAAGUGUUUAAUGCAUCAAAUAAUGACAUUAAGAACAUUUAUGCUAGCGAUUUGAGUACCAUGAAGAACCUCAAGGUCUUUGAUUUGAAGAACAAUCCAUUAGAAUGUAAUGAUGAAUUUAGAAACCUAAUGAAAUUCUUGGGACAACGAAAGAUAAGUCUUGGAAACCGCAACAACUUUGGCGAAUUAGAAGAAAUGAAAAUGUCAUUCUCAGAAGAAAUGAGUCCAGCUGUUGAAUGGAAUGAAUUAGCACGCAAAAUUUGCAAACGAAAUGAAGAAAAUAAACUUAAUAAUGAACAAGUUUUAGAUGAAAUCAAUGACGAUGAUUAUGAUGACAUUACUGACGAUAAUGACGAUGAUGACGAUGACGAUGAUGAUAAUGACGAUCCAGAUGAUAAAGCAAUCGAAAAACCAAAAGAAAAAGUUUCAACUAAAAAGCCAAUUGUUCCAUCAAAAGCACCAAGAGAAAAAUCAACAGUUAAGCCCAAGACAACAACAACAAGUACAGCUUCGCCAGCAGUCGUUGACUCAAAUAAUGAAAAUGAUACAUCAGAAGGAGAAGAUGAAUACGAAUAUAACGAAAGCGACGAUGAUGAUGACGAGGAUCAAGAGAACGAAAGCAUUUCUGAAAAACCAGAUAAAAAUCUUUUGCCUAAAGUCAUUGAUGUCAUUAAGAAAGUUGAAGAUCGUAUCUUUGGUCGUCCUAAAUUCGAUAAUGAUGAAGAGGAAGAAGUCAUAAUCGAAGAAGCAGUCGUACCAUACAAAUUUAUCUGGCCAAUGAUGAUUGUCAUGCUCAGUAUUCUUACCGUAUUACUAAUUAUAAUGUUCAUUAUUUCAUCAUGCAUGCGUCGACGUGGUGAACGCUACCGUCAAGCCUUGUUACAGUCAAAGAAAAAUUCAAUAAUUUAUCAGAAAUUAUCAGAGGAGAUAAUCCCACAAACCCCAAGAGUACAUCGAUACACUCCAAUUGCACAAGUAUAAAAUAUACAAAUUCUUUAAACGUCCAUUCUUCAAAAUUGAAUGGAGUUGUGCCUUCAACUUUCUUUAUUUUGAGUUUUUCUUUUUAUUAAUCAUAAAAUAUUAUUAUUUCGAAAUGAGCCUUUAGGGAGUGUUUUGUGGUGAUUAUUAUGGAUGUGAGGGAUUGUUUUUGAGUUGAUCAAGUUAAAAAGAUUGAUGAAGGAUGGAUUAUCUGGGAUUAUCAACUUCCAGGUUGCUUCAAGAUUUUGAACUCAGUCUUAGUGCUGUUGUUCUUUGAAACUUCUUUGAUUCUCUAAGCAACAAUGUUCACUUAUUAUUAGUACCAACUUAUUAGAGAAUCCAGCAUUCUGUUUCCAUUUAGGGACUAAAUUACAGUUUACUUCCAAUUUUAACUAUUCAGUGCUGAUUAAAUAUCAAAAAGGAUAAAUUUUGAUGGUCUUGAAGCUUUAACUUGCAUUAAAAUCAUUAAAUUCACUAAAGAUAAGCUCUAAUAGCUUUAAUUAUUCAAUCUGAUCCUAGUGAACUAUAAAACAAACUUUCAGUCAUAAGACUUUAUCAACCUGAAUAGAAAUUAUUCUGAUCAAAUGAUUGAACUCUUUAACAGCAUUAAAUUUCUAGACUAUAUGUUUUUUAAGAUUUAAAUCGAUCAAUUCUUAAAUAAUCCAUCCAAAACUCAAGACUUCCCCGCAACAUUCACUCAACACCACAAGAUCAAUAAAUGAAGCAAUUUGUAAAUGAAAAAAAAAAAAGGCUUUUGUGAUUCAGUCUAUUAUUUUAUACAAAAAAAAAAUAAUCAGCUUUUAUAGAAUGAAAAAAAAAAUAUGCGAGAAAAAAAAACUUCAUAAUUAUGCUACAACAUAUACUAAAAAUCUUUUUAUCUUGUAGAUGAGUACUUAAACACAAUUAUGGUACAUAUAUACAUAUAACACUGAUAAAUUGCCCGAUAAAAAAAUGAAAAUAUUUUUCACGUUGAAACAAACUAAUGAAUAAUUAAUUAAUAAUUAAACAGCAACAAUAAUAUUUUUUUGUGGUAAGGAGGUUGGUUGGAGUGGGAUAUGUUGAUUAUUAAGUCAUGAUUCAGUAAUUUUGAAGCUAGUUUUUGAAAUAUCCUAAGAUUAAGCUUCAAAUAGUGCUGAAUCAAGAGAUUUAAAUCCUCACUUAUGCUUGAUAUAUCAACUAGCUACUCCAAUCACCUACUUACUAGACACUGAAUUGCUCUAUAGAGUCAGUCACUUAUCAAAUCUGUCAAAAAAUAAAUAAUUCAAACCCAUUGUCUUCCUUAAUGUCACUAAACCUGAUUCUCCAAGUCAUAGAGUGCAACUUAGCAUCAGACACAAAUCAACCCCACCCCUUUAUAAAACCAGCACAAGUGACUGACUCCAAUGGACAAAUUAUUAUUAUUAUUAUUUUAUACAUAAAAGUUUAUUCUACUUAGAUAUUAAAGGAUGUGCUUGAAAUACAAAAAUUGAAAUAUUUAGACGAAAAAAGUUUGUAAAGUUCAACAAAAAAAAAUUAAAAUCAUAAAUUUUAAGAUUUUUUUUUUCUUCUUAUUAGACAUUAAAACUUUCUAUAAAUUUAACAUUCCUUCUUUAAAAAAAUCUAUUUAAUAUUUUUUAAUAAAAUGAGGUGGGAAAAAUCAGGACUUAAAGAAUGUAUCAUGAAUCGUGCCAUUUGUCGAGGAUUAUUUUCGCAAGCAUUUAGGAGAAAAAUUUCAUUUAGGCAGCAAAACAAAAAGAUAAGCAGGAAUAAUUUUGGAAAUACCCAGUCUCACUUAGUCCUGAGAAGAGUUUAAAAAAAUAAUUAACUUUAAUUUUCUUUCGACAAGAGAAUAAAAAUUAAUUAAACUAUCUGUAUUAAAUAUAUAAAAGAAAAUAAAUAAAGAAUUGAACUUGAUAGAGAUACAAACAAUAAUUGAUAAUAAUAUGUUGCUCUGUUAGGUAGAUGCAUAUAGACACAUAGUUUACGAGAGAAAUGAAAUGAAAAAAAAACAUAAAAUAAAAUAAUUAUUCAAGAUCGUUUUUUGUAACAGAUUUAUGUGAAGAAUUUUUAAAUAAACAAAAAUGGAAAAAGCUCAAAA